CGAAAAAAGAAGUUAUACUUUAUGGAAUUAAACAUAAACGAUCAUCAUCAUAGACUUACAAAAGAUUAUCGUCCCGAUUCAUUGUCUCCUUUAUUAUCCAAAUUAUGGUUAUGUUUUCUUCAACAUAUACAUAAGUCCAUAUUAACACAAGAUGAUAUAUUGACUACCAUAAGUUAUUGUUUCAACUUACCACCAACGUUAACUGGACAAACACGAAUUUUAUUUGAUUCCUUCUUCGCAGCAAAAUUAUUGUUACUCAAGCAUAAUAACAGCGACAAUAACAACAAAGAUGAUUCUAUUUACUACGUCAUAGCUUCUCCACAACAACAAGAUCAAUACGCUCAAGGAUUCUUAGUUGGUUUCUCUCAUUGUUAUGCAGCUGGAUGCAAACCAACACAACAAUCUUGUUAUUCACCAACAUGUCCUCACAAAAUUUAUACCCAAUGGCUCUCCAUUUAUAAUCAUCAUCACCAACAACAACAAUCAUCCACAAAGGAAGACUCAUGGACUGAGCAUGUGCCACGUUAUAUCCUCAAUACUUAUCCAAAACGUGAAAUCAAACGUCAAUCAGCCAUUGCCGAACUCUUACAAUCUGAACUCGACUAUUGUCAAGACUUGACUAUACUGAAUGAUGUUUAUGCUCAACCAUUUCUCACUAGUUCUACCAACUUGAUAAAUCCAUCUGAUCGUCGGGACAAAUUUUACGCUAUAGUGUUCGAACAUGCUUUGGGACUCAAAACUUAUCAUCGUCCUCUUUGUUAUGAAUUAGUACGUCAUCGCCAAGACCCAUCCUUACUCUUUGUUGAUUUUGUCGGAAAUGCUUUAUUACAACACACUUGCUAUCUCGUAGAACCAUAUAUCAAUUAUGCCGCUCGCCAAAUAGAAGCAAAGUAUAUUUUGGACAAUGAAAAAUACAAAAAUUCGGUCUUUCGUCGAUGGAUUGAUACUCAAGAUGACGACAGCCGCGUACGAAAACUCGACAUCAAACACUUUUUAUCUAGACCAACUAUUCGUAUCACUAAGUACAAACUACAACUGGAAACAAUUAUUAAAUAUUCGGACCAUAUGGCUGAUCAAGUGGCCCUCUCUGCUGCCAUCGACACGCUACAUGAUCUUCUACAACAAAUGAAUGAAGCCAUUCGAAAAGCAGAAGAACAUAUUCAACUCUUACGUAUUACUUCCUCUUUGGUACCUGCUUCAACUUCCGCUGCUUUGGGUUUAUUACCGGAUCUGGACUCGUCAACAACAAGAAAGGAACAACAAAAAUCUGUACAACUACUACAUCAAGGACGAUUUCGUUUGACUCGAUUCUUCUCUCAUUCUUUGCGUGCCCAAGUCUGUCAUGUCUUUUUGUUUUCACAUGUCCUCCUACUCACUAAACCACGUGGUGAAGAAGGUCAUGAGAAAUUUAUUUUGAUUGGUAGACCCAUUCCAUUGCCAAUGCUUAGUGCAAGUAUUCAUCGAUCAUCUAUCAUCCGUCGCCUAUCCAAUCGGAUCAUCACUUCUCAACAAUGUCAUUCUCCUACAUCAAGACCUGUUCGUCAACCAAACGCCAUCAUCAACAACAACAACAACAAUAAUAAUAAUAGUAAUGAUUCUGCUUGGAGGACGGAUUUACGACAUCGGUUUAGUUUGACUUCAACAACAUCAUCAUGGUCUACAGAAUCGGAAUCAUCGACAUCAUCAACUGAAUCUUCUUUAUCAGUAUCAUCAGAUUCACCUACAAGUCCCAACGACACUAAAUUAUCAACUUUGUCCAAAUCUUAUACUGCAUUGGAUUGGGUAAAUCAACCUGUUACCGAGUUACCUACUUUGACUGGAUUCCACGUACGUGCGCGCCUGGCUCGACAAUGGAGCUAUAUCAGAAAAACUCAUCAGGUUUGGCCCGAAUCAACCACUCCUAUUUCCGAUCCAUCAUCACCAUCAUCAACAACAACGGCAGCAAUAACACUUCGUAACUCUAAUCACAACAACGAAAAUGUGUCAUUUUUCCCAUCUAUGGCUGCUACAAAACCAUGUUCACCUUUUGGCCCUAGACGUAAAAAUUCACUCUUUCGACGCACAUCAUUAUUACUUGGUCGAAGUUCUUCAUCAGUAUCAACAACAACUACAGCGAUAUUAUCUACAGGAUUACCAUCACCCAUAUGUAUGUCAACCUAUUUAUUCCAAUGGCCAAACCAUCAGCAUCAACAGCAAAGCCAAUAUCAACACAAUGAUCAAUUGUCACCAAGAUUGGGAUAUAAUGGACAAUUUAGAUUAACAAUUCGACAUCUUGCUUAUCCAGAAUACACAUUUGAUUUACGAUGCAGAAAUGUUCAACAAAGGGAUCAAUGGUACGAUUGGAUUCAACAAGCUUUGGAUGAUUCUGCCACUGCCACUUCCAACAUUCAAAAACAAUACAACGAUAUUCAUCACCAAACAACCCUUUUUCCCGCUUCAACAACGAAUGACGUUAACCAUCCUCCUUUUCGACUGGAUCUUAUUUGCGAAGUACCUAUUGGCUCUACUCAUCCUAUCAAUAUUAAUGGUGAUCGAAAAUUACCUGCCGGUUGUGGAAAAAUAUACUGUAGUUUGCCCUUUGCUGCAUUACAUGGAAGGCCAAUGAUUGCUUUAGGGACACAGCACGGACUAUGGGUAGCAGCAAGGGAUGGUAUUGAAGAGGAAUUCCAAUUGAUUGAAAUGAUCGAAUGUCACCAAAUGGCAACAUUGAAUGGUCAUUUAGUGGUACGGACACAUCGCACGUUGAAGUCAUACUCUCUGUCACAACUAGCUUCAGUCAUGAUCAAGACACCCAAAUCAACAACGACAACAAGCACAACAGCAAAAACAACAACAACAACAACAUCAUCAUCAUCAACUGAAAAUUCAAAUGUCAGUUCUGCUUACCCCUAUGAUUCAACUUCAUCUACUAUUUCUUCUUCAGAAACAAUCGGAUCUUCCCCAACUUCAGCAACAGCAUCCACCUGUUUUCCAUUGUUUAUAUCAUCUGUCACUAUUAAACGAACAUCUGUGGUGGAUUUUUCCGUCGGUACCCUUUAUGGUUGUCAAGUCCUUUGUUAUUUGGCCUGUAGUCGACAACGAAGAAAAUAUACAUUUCAUCAACAAUUGCACCAUCGCUUAUCACAAUCUCCUUCUUAUCUGCGGCACAGCUUUAAAUGGAUCCGAGUCUUAGUCAUUUACUCCGUGAAACCCUCCUCCUCUUCCAGUAAACAGUCUUCUGAUAUUUUAUCUUUGAAAAAAGAAAAGGUGAUUCCUUUAUUAUUAGAAGAUGGCAUUAAUGUCAAUAUCCAUAACAACAAGGUGUACGUACGAUCUGCCACUCAAGGUAUUGAAUGCGUCAAUGUCAUCACAGAAAAAUCAACUCUUGUCUCAUUUGGUGUAGCACAUAUGGCUCAGUCUAUGGAUGAUACACAGGAAGAAGUGGAGACCAGUAAUGAUGAGGAUGACGAUAAUGACGAUGAUGAUGAUGACGACGACGAUGAUGAUGAUGAUAGCCAUUCGUCAGCUGGAAUCUUUGAUGGGAAGGCAAAGACAAAUGGAAGUGUCAACAGAACUCAGAGCAAUCAUUGGAUGAACUUCAACGAAACAGCAAUAACGCGAAAAAUAGUAUCACCAUCAACAACCGCACCAAUGCAUACUUGGCUAGAUAUGAUACAUUUACCUUCCAACACGUAUAGCGAUAGUGACAAUGAACUAGCAUUACUAUGCACACAUCAAGCAGCGUGGAUGAUCAACAAAGACAGUUUGACGUUUAAAAAACAAGAUCCUGUGAUACGAUUUGAAUGCAAUGUAAAAACAGUAGCUCUUGUCUAUCCUUAUUUGAUACUUUUUUCCCCUUGUAUCAUCGAAAUACGACACAUAGAAACGAAAGCUAUGGUACAAGUCAUUCCUGGUCAUCAUAUCCGGUGCAUUUAUAUCUCUUCUUCUAAUCAAACAAAUGAAAUUCCCAUUAUUCAUUUUACCAUGUUACAUCAUCCUGACGAACGUGUAACUAGUGUAUACCAACUUGUAUUAUAGAAAUUAUUAUUACUAUUAUCACCCCUCCUAGUAUCAUUCAUCUUUUUUUUUUAUUCUUGUCUUUU